AUGCAGGUACCACUACUUAGACUGCAAUGCGGCGUUAACAGCUACGAUUGGGGCAAGGUCGGCCAAGAGUCGGCAGCAGCCAAGUAUGCGGCCACAACAGCUGCUCCAGAUUUCACCAUCGAGGCUGAGAAGCCCUAUGCUGAACUCUGGAUGGGUACUCAUCCGUCUCUUCCGUCCAAAGAUGUCGAGACUCAGCGUACUCUCCUCGACAUGGUCCAAGAUAACCAGGCUCUUCUGUCAACGGAAAUUAGUGAACGGUUUGGAAGCAAGCUCCCUUUCCUGUUCAAGGUGCUUUCUAUCCGUAAAGCACUCAGUAUCCAGGCCCACCCCAAUAAGAAGCUUGCAGAGCAGCUUCAUGCACGGGACCCCAAGAACUAUCCCGAUGAUAAUCACAAGCCCGAGAUGACCAUUGCCAUCACUCCCUUCGAGGGUGUCUGUGGCUUCCGUCCUCUCGCAGAGAUCACCCAUUUCCUGCAAGCUGUGGAGCCUUUGCGCACUCUGGUUGGCGAACAGGCAGCGAGUGAAUUUGAACAGCUCGUCAAGGGCAAUGAGAACUCAGAAGAUGCCACUGUCAUCCAAAAGAAUAAAGAAGCGCUACGCUCGCUCUUCACUGUCCUCAUGGAGUCCCCAGCCGAGAAGGUCGAGAAAGCCUGCAAUGACUUGAUUUCGAUCGCAGAGACCAGCCCUGACAACUUCGCAAUCUUGUCUGGUGAGAUGGAAACGAAUCCUACCAACCCCACCGAGCUGGCUGCCCUCGCCAAGCGUCUGAACGGACAGUUCCCCAACGACAUUGGCCUCUUCGUCUUCUUCUUCCUGAACUUCGUCAAGCUUCAGCCUGGUGAGGCUAUGUUCUUGAAGGCCGACGAUAUUCACGCAUACAUUUCUGGCGAUAUCAUCGAGUGCAUGGCUUCCUCGGACAACGUUGUGCGAGCGGGUUUCACGCCAAAAUUCAAGGAUGUGGAUACUCUCACUCAGAUGCUAACCUACUCCUACGCACCCAUCGAGGAGCAGAAGCUCCAGGCUACAGAUUACCCGUACGCCAUCCUGAAUGCCACUGCAUACUCGAGCGCGUCGUCCGCGAUGCUCUACGACCCUCCCAUCGAUGAAUUCAGCGUUGUCAAGUCCGAUCUGAACCGCAAGGGUGCCAAGGUGACUUUCGACGGUAUCACUGGCCCAAGCAUCCUGAUUUGCACCCGUGGCAAAGGCAAGAUUACUGUUGGCAACAAGACCGAGGAGGUCCAGGAGGGCUACGUGUUCUUCGUCGGCGCUAAUGCCGAAUGUGCCAUCGAGAACACUGGCAGCGGCGAGGGCGACGAUGAUGUCUUCACCACCUACAAGGCAUUCUGUGAUUUGACUGCGUCCGGUGAGGCAAAUUAA